AUGUUUGCUACACAACAGUAUCUGGAGGCUAAACGCAUCCAGUCGCUGCCACUUCGAAACCCCCCUCGAGCAGGCCAGCAUAGUCCAUCUCCAAGCGUUGUACCCUUAAAUGCGAGUCCUGCCUCCGCUGGUCCUCGCCCCCACGUCGAACCGUUCCAGUCUGCUUCCCAUCAAGAGGGCCCGCUGCAACAAGAUGCCGAGAUGGACAUGAUGGACGUGACUAUCUCAUCACCUCCAGAUCAUGAUGAAGCCGCACAACCCCCCGCCCUACUACUCAACCGUUCAACGGGUCGAAUGCCCACGCCCAUCCAACCAAAUUUUGCGGCACAGGUCAAGGGACAGUACAGCGGAUGGGCGGCUACUGUACAAACGCAGACAACCCCGAACGGAGUUGCGAACCUUGGCCAUCACGUCAUGGGCAUCGCACAGGACCAAACAGUCCCACGAGCGAUGACCGGCGGGCCAGACUGGCAUACCCUGCAAAACCACAGGCGGCUACCUUCACCCAUCUCGGAAAUGGGCGACCCCAUUAUGCAUGACGGCAGUGGCAUUCCGACCUGCACGAUGAUGGAUAGUGAGGAGCAAUUUGGUCAAUUGAGUCAGCCAAGUCCAGUCCACGGUUCAAUGUCUGGACAGCCAUCACCAUUGCACGCCAUGGAACAUCCCAAUGCUAUGAUGGAUGCUGAUUGUCAUCACCUGCUGCAACAUGGCGAAUCUGAUACUGAUCCGUCAUCCCCGUCUCCAAAUCGCAAGGGACAUCAGCGCAGUAAGCAUACAGUUAACAGCUGGACGUGGCAGCCUGGUAUGAAGAAGAGUUUCAGCAUAGGAUACAGGUCGGACUGGGAGGGAACGUCGGCUGGUGGGGCUUAA